UGUAGUGCGCAUGCGGCCUGCGGGUCAUUUCAGAUGGGGAUGGUGCGAGCAGCUCUCAGCGGGACUGACGCUGUCUGCGGGACAGGGACACGGUCGGGCUGACAGCGAAGAGGACACCUCGUCAAGUGUAAGAGAACAAGUCGCUAUCAACUAACUGGACUGACCGACCCACAUAUACAGAGCGAUGGUGGAUGUGGAAUUGGUGAAGAAGAUGCUACUGGCGGUUCUCCAGCCCAGUAAGAGUGGCAUGUCUCUGUCCCAACUGCAGGUAAAUUAUAAAAACCUGACGGGUGAGCUCAUACCCUAUAAACAGUUGGGUUAUGCCACGCUGGAUGCCCUCCUUCACAGCAUGCCCUCGGUUGUGAGACUGGAUAAAGGACAGUCUGGAGAAGUAGUGUGCCAUGCUACUGCUGGGAAUGAGACAGCCCACAUUACUAAGCUUGCAGCCCGUCAGCACACAGCAAAGAAGACCGGCCGGCCCCAGGUGGUGAACUGUCAAAUGAGAGUCAAGCCUGCUGCUCCUCUGAUGCUGAACGCCAAGCCAAGGAUGUCUUUGAGACAGCCUGAUAACCAGGGAUGUCUGGGGCGAGGUGGAGGUCGUGGAGGGGGUCAUGGAGACACUUACACAGGAAGGAUGAGGGACUCCCAGCCUGAUGGGAGAGGUGGCAAGCCACACAGAACACCCCCAAACACAGCCACAAGAAAACCUUCCAUACCAUCGGAAAGUUCAGACAAAAGGAUGACCCUUCCUUCCAGAUUCCCGAAAGAAGUCCAUGCCUCUCCAGAACUCUCCAGAAACCCACAGCAGAGCAAUGCCUCCUCGAACCUGAAUAAAAGCACAACUCCAGAAAAACCCGGACUGCCUCAUUCUGCACCGUACAGUCCCAAUCUGGUCCAGUCCCGUCUUAAAGAGGUUCUAAACAAGCACAGCAAUGGCCUCUGGGUCUCCAAGCUGCCUCAGCUCUACCGAGAGCACUACAGACAAGAUCUACCCAGUGAAGCCCUCAAAGACCUGGAACACUGGACUCACAUCUGUACUAUUGAGAAGCCAUGCAGCAGCAAAUCUCAAGAGUUGCUACUCUACCCUGCUAAAGAAAUUCACCAGAGUACUACCCUACCUGGAGCUGCUACACCCCCCGCACAUGACAAAUCUCAGUCCCAUCCGAAAAAACCUCUGAUUCAAAAAUCAUCUGCCACCUCCAGGCCAAGCACUCAGGUGUCCCCCAAGGUUCUAUCCUCGGACCUCAAGCAGAAGCUUGGAGACCUGUUCUUGAAAUACAGCAGUGGUCUUUGGGCCCACGCUCUGCCCAAACUCUACCAGGACACUUAUAAAUGCAAGCUACCGGAUUUUGUGCUUGAAAACCUUACCCUGCUGUCAGAUAUAUGUACGAUCGACUACCCAAUGUCAGACAACCCCAAAAGAGCGAUUCUGUAUGCGAAAGUGCUGGUGGAUGAGAAUCGUAACCAGUCCGGAUUGGCUGAUUUGCAGACUACAGAGACGACCGAGCUGCGUGCGAGCAGCCAGACUGUGGCCCCUCUUGUCAUCCCCAGAGAGGAUUACCCUUCUGUUUUGGUGGUGGAAGCAAAUGACACCAACAGUGUCAUUCUAAGAUACAUAGGUGAAGGUUACUCCAAAGCACAGGAGAAGUUGGAGGAUGAAAUGAGAGAGUUCUAUAGACAGGAAAACACCAAGCUGGCUCUGACCUCUCCCUCACCGGGUCAGCUGACUGCUGUACGUGGUGACGAAGAGGAGGAGAUCCUGCGGGCACAAGUAUGUGAGGUCAUGCCUGACAAGAUCAAGGUUUACUAUGUGGAUCAUGGGUUUACUGAAGUCAUCAGCAAAAGCAAACUGCUCGAGCUGCAUGAGAAGUUUUUCAGAUUGCCUUUCCAAGCCACCAAAUGUAAACUAGCUGGCCUGGAGUCUUUCAGUCAGGAGCAGGCAGUGCUAAAGAGGUUUGAGUCCAUGGCCAGUGGCAAAAUCCUCUUGGGUGAGAUCUUAGAGCGUGAGGAAGUGCCUCUGGUGGUGCUGUAUGACACAUCACAAGACAAUGAUAUCAACAUCAAUGCAGCCUGUAUAAAAGCUUUGCAAGACAAAUCCUUAGAGAGUCCCCUGAAGGUGAACAGUACCUAUAUGAAUGUGAGUGUGACCAAUGUUAGCUCAGAUGGGACGAUCUACUGUCAGGUGCCCUCCAGAGGUCUGGCUAAACUCAAUGAAAUUCUAGAGAUGGCUGAAAACUAUUUCCAUUCCCAGGUCACAUCAGAGUUGCUGGUGUCCCGGCCAUUCUGUGGUAAAAGCUGUUUGGCUCGUUAUAAAGGCAAAUGGUCUCGUGUGGAGAUAACAAACAUGCAUGGCAGCCGUGUGUUGGACAUCUUGUUUGUGGAUGUGGGUGUCCAAGCAUCGGUCGAGGUCAUCGAGUUGAGAGAGAUCCCACCGCCUUUGCUGCGUGACUUCAUAUCUACCCCACCCCAGGUGCUGAAGUGUUGUUUGGCAGAUCUGCCUGUGAGUGUCGACUCAUGGACUCCUGAUGCAGUACAGUGGCUGAGAGACGCGGUUCUCCACUGCAAUGACUGCAGCUUAAAGAUCACCAAGGUGAAUGAGACCAAAGGCCUUGCUCAUGUCUACUUCUUCACCAGCAAGAACUUCCACGACAAAAGCUGCAGCUUGAACCAACAGCUGGCCAACUCUGAUCGGUGGAACCGCCAAAAGGAUACUUUCUUAAGCAGCCGUGGACCUUCAAAAUCCUUGACAAUCCCUGCUACCAUCCCAACCUCUAGCCACAGCACUGAUGGAGGAGACAGAGCUCCACACACACCCAAGAGGAUGUCAUCUUCAUCUGGAAGCCAGAGCACACCCCCAGGCUCUCCACCUGAACACCUGGCUCUUCCGCCACUGCUGGAGUUGCCUCAAGUAGGCCAGAAUAUGGACGUAUUUGUUUCAGUUGCAUGCCAUCCUGGGCACUUUGUGCUACAGCCAUGGAAAGAUAUGAACAAAUUGGUGGAUUUGAUGGGGGAGAUGAUUCUUUAUUAUAAUAAGACUGAGGAAAAACCAUUUAAAGUGGAGAAGAACCAUGUCUGUGCUGCCAAGGUGGAAAAUAAUUGGUACCGUGUUCUGGUGAAGGGAGUCUUGGCCAAUGGUAUGGUGUCAGUGUUUCAGCUGGACUAUGGUAAACUUGACCUGGUGAGCUGCAACCAACUCAGGCCCCUCAUCCCGGAGUUCUGCCAACACCCGUUCCAGGCCAUCACUGCUCAGCUGGCUGGUUUAAAGCCUAGGCAGUGGUCUGAAGAGGCAUCCAAUGUGUUCAGGAAUCAUGUUGAGAAGAAGCCUCUGGUGGCCCAGCUAGAGUCAGUGCAGGAGGCAUCACAGCCCUGGGAUCGCAAGGUUGUUAUCUACCUGGUGGACACUUCACAAGAGGAAAGAGACAUUUGGCUGCAUAACAUCAUGGCUGAAUUCACAGAUGAGCUCACCAAUGCAGCAUAGAUGUUGAGGGGUGA